AUGGAGGAGGAACUUUUAAUAGUGCAGGAGCUGCAGCAGAUCUACACUAAGAAUGAGCUAUAUCGUAAACUGGAGCACCUGCUGGGUCGCCCAGAGAGCGAAGGGCAGGCGGAGGAGUUUUACGACGACGUGGAUGAGUUGGUGGCGCUCUUCCUUCGUGAGAGCGAAAAGGUGUGUGAUGAGGAAUUACUCCUCGCCGCACUGGAUGCUGCUGUGAACGGCGAUGGUGCGAGCGAGAGAGAGGAGGAGAAUGAGAAAGCGAAAAAGAACAGUGAGGAGGACGGGGAGGAACCCGCUAUUCCCUCAUCGCAGUUGCGCACACUCCUGCGAUUUAUGCGGGCACAUCUGCGGGAUGUGGAUUGGCACAAGUGUCUCGCUGCCGGCACCUUUGCGAUUGCAGAACGCGACCGUCGCGAGGCGGAGGAGGCGCUGCAGAAGAAAAUGUUGCAAGAAGCCGCAGCCGCACAGCGAGAUGCGAAUGACAAUAGAGCACUUGAGAGUCUCGAAACCGACGCGGCGGAGCGCCGUGCGGCGAUGAAAGUGCGGGCAGAAGAGAAGAUGCAACUUGCACAGUUGGUGCGUAGUGGGAUGUUGGAUGAAUCAGAGCUUCUCCAACUGCGCACAGAUGAGGAAGAGGAUGAACAAGUGGAACUGAAUGAAGAGGAACCACAAUUUCUUCGUGGAUUAGUGCGGCACAAACCCAUCAACUACCGCGCGUUGCUUCCUUCAGAGCAGUUAAUGCGUGCCAGUACACCAGCACAGCGGGAGGCUAUUCUUGCACGGCGUGCUGUGCAGCAGGAGAAUGCAGAUGAGAAUGAGACGAACAGUAUGAAGCGAGCUGCGUUGGCACAACAACUUCGCAACAAGGAUCGACAGAUACUUCGUGCGAGGGAGCGGCGUCUGCAGCGAUUAUCUGAACAGGCACGUGAAGGAUUGGGUGGUAAUAAUAAAGGUAACAAUAGGACUGGCAACAGGGAUGAAGAUGAGGAUGCUGGAGAGGGUGAGGAUGAUGGUGAUAAUGGAAAUAGAUACAACAGGGAUGAGGGAAAUACUCUUCUUGAUCAUGAGUUACUUGAACGACCGGAGGAACGGCUUGGGGGAUUCCGCUCCGCAAAGGAUUUACCUUCUAGACUUCCACCAUGGAUGAAACACAAUUUUGGUGAACGUCCACGAUUUGGUCCACUGCAGACAUCACAGAGUCUCGCAGAGCAGCGCCGUUCACUUCCUAUAUACGCUUACCGUGACCGUUUUCUUCAGCAUGUGGAUGACCACACAGUGACUGUUUUGGUUGGAGAAACAGGUAGUGGUAAGACCACACAGAUUCCACAGUACCUCGCUGAACAUGGAUACAGCAAGCGUGGUAUUAUUUGUUGUACACAACCGAGGCGUGUGGCGGCAGAAACACUUGCCAUUCGUGUUGCAGAAGAGUAUGGUUGUCGUUUAGGUGAAGAAGUUGGAUACACCGUUCGUUUCCGUGAUGUCACAUCAUCAUUGACAAAGAUUAAAUACAUGACAGAUGGUAUGUUGUUGCGAGAGGCUUUACUGGAUGAUACAUUUCAGCGAUACAGUGUUAUCAUUCUUGAUGAGGCACAUGAGCGGUCUGUGAAUACUGAUUUAUUAUUUGCUAUUGUGCGUAAUGCGACACAUAAGCGACCCUCAUUAAAAGUAAUUAUUACCUCCGCUACCCUUGAAAAAGAAAAAUUCUGCUCAUACUUUAAUGUUAGAGAUGUUUUCUUUAUUGAGGGACGUACGUUUCCUGUCCAAGUGAAUUAUCUUGCUGAACCAACAGAGGACUACCUCGAUUGCGCACUCAAGACGGUGAUGAAGUUGCACCUUGAGGAGCCCCCGGGUGAUGUGUUGGUGUUCUUAACGGGACAGGAGGAGAUUGAGCUCGGCGGCGAGCGGCUGUUUCGAUGGAUGGAAAAGCUGCGCGCCCUCAGUGAAGUGCCAGUGCCCGAUAUGUUGGUAUUGCCGCUCACAGCCACACUGCCGCAGGAGGUGCAAUCACGUGUGUUUGAACCGACUCCGCCCCGCUGCCGUAAAGUUGUACUCGCCACGAAUGUUGCCGAAACAUCCAUCACCAUUAGCAAUCUCUGUUAUGUUGUCGAUAGUGGUUUCUGCAAGCAGAACGUCUUUGAUGCAAAGACCGGGAUGGAGCAACUGAAGAUUGUUCCCAUUUCACAGGCACAAGCCCAACAGCGAGCGGGACGUGCGGGACGUGUUGGUCCUGGUAAGUGUUUCCGCAUGUAUACAGAGCCGCAGUUCCGAAAGGACAUGGAACCCGCCACUGUGCCAGACAUUCAACGCUCAAAUAUGUUUCACGUUGUGCUGCAACUAAAGGCGAUGGGUAUUAAUGAUCUUUUCGCACUUGAUCUGAUGGAUCCACCACCGCAGGAGACACUCGUGUUGGCACUGCAGAAACUGCGCUAUCUUGAAGCAUUAGAUGAUGAUGGACUUCUCACACCACUUGGUGGACGAAUGGCACAACUCCCCAUUGAUCCCUCACAGAGUAAGACACUUCUCACUGCAAUUGAUUUUGGUUGUUGUGAACCCGUAUUGACAAUUGUGUCUAUGCUCGCCGUACAGAAGCGUGGCGUCUUUUAUCGCCCACGCGAUCAACACGAGGCUGCCGAUGCUGCGAAACGACAGUUCCAUCAACCCGAAGGCGAUCAAAUUACACUACUGGCGGUCUACGACGCUUGGGUGGCGAAUGGACUCAGUGAGGAGUGGUGUAAACGCAACUUUCUCAAGCACCGCAUUCUCAUGGAGGCCCGCGACACACGUGAACAGUUGAGUGAGAUGUUGCAUAAGCGUCACGCUACUAUUCCUCAUCACAACGAUGAUGCAUUAACAGAAGUGCGCCGCGCUCUCACUGCCGGGUACUUUUUCAAUGCCGCAAGACGAAUAACAGAUGUGGCCUACGCUACACUGGCAGAACGUCGAGAGGUAUAUGUACAUCCCUCUUCCUGUCUGCGAGACACACCACCAAAGUUCUUGCUGUAUAAUGAACUUCAGCUGACAAAUCGGGAAUACAUGCGUGAACUGCUGGUAAUUGAACCACAGUGGUUGGUAGAGUUAGCCCCGGCCUUCUACACGAGACCACGAAAGGGUAAGUUAACAAAGGAACAAAAGGCAGAGCGACUUAAUCCUAUUCUGCGUGGCUGGGAGAGUGGAAACUCAUGGAGAAUUUCAAAGCAGCGACGUCGCAAGUGA